CGGCAGUAGAUGAUCAUUUCAGUACACUUUAACUGAGAGAAAACAUGUCUGGACGUGGUAAAGGAGGAAAAGGACUUGGAAAGGGGGGCGCCAAGCGUCACAGGAAAGUCUUGAGAGAUAACAUCCAGGGUAUCACCAAGCCCGCCAUCCGUCGUCUUGCACGCAGAGGUGGAGUCAAACGUAUCUCCGGACUCAUCUACGAGGAGACCCGUGGUGUCCUGAAGGUGUUCCUUGAGAACGUCAUCCGUGACGCAGUCACAUACACAGAGCACGCCAAGAGGAAGACCGUCACAGCCAUGGACGUUGUCUACGCUCUGAAGAGACAGGGACGUACCCUCUACGGAUUCGGUGGUUAGACAACCAACCGCCUUUGUGCUACACGCACAGGACAACAAACGGCCGUUUUAACGGCCACCAAA